CUCCUCUUCUCUUCUCUUUACUCUGCUUCUCUCUCUUGCUUCUCUGCUUGUGGGACAAACCCUAAUUAUUUUUACUUCUCUCUCCACUUCCCGCUCAAUCAUCUUAAUCUUUCCCUCGCUCUCUCUUAGCAAUGCAUGAUCUUCGAUCUCAUAGCUGUGUUUUGAGCUGAAAAACUCGAGGUGGGUCUGUUACUCUGUUUGAUAUGAGUUUCUAAAUCGGAUCAGACUGAAGAAGAAGAAUGCUGGAAGCUGUAGAUAGCUCAGGGGUCGUUAAUGGAGGAUUCCCGCAGAUUCAGAGCUUUUACGGCGAUUGCAGUAGCGAGGAAGAGUUAUCGGUAUUGCCACGUCAUACGAAAGUGGUGGUCACCGGAAACAACCGUACGAAAUCGGUGCUUGUUGGUCUUCAAGGUGUUGUUAAAAAAGCUGUCGGUCUCGGUGGUUGGCAUUGGCUGGUUCUGACAAAUGGUAUAGAAGUAAAGUUGCAGAGGAAUGCGCUUAGUGUCCUUGAACAUCCAACUGGAUUAGAAGAAGACGACGAUCUUGAUUUCGAAAGCACACAAAGGAAUGGCUCUGAUAUGAUUGUUUCUUUUCCAGCAUCUGAAGACACACUGAAGCCUCAUAAGUCUAAGCAAAGAGGGCAGAGAUCGCGGUCAUCUCACAAGACUUUGAGCAGGUCUCUAUCAUCUGACUCACAAUCUAAAAGUUCGGGUUUUACUCCUCCUGAAAACAUGAAGGUUGAUCUUAGCAAACUGGAAAUGCCUGCUUUACUGAAAUAUUGGCAACAUUUUAACCUUGUGGAUGCAAUUCCUAAUCCUUCAAAAGAGCAACUAAUUGACAUUGUUCAGAGGCACUUCAUGUCUCAGCAAAUGGAUGAGCUUCAGGUUAUUAUGGGGUUUGUCCAAGCUGCAAAGAGAAUGAAGAAGGCUUGCAAGUUGCAAUCAAAAGAAGCCAGAAACACUGAUCUUAACUGCAUCAGCUAAGAAAAGCCCUGACUUUUUGACAAAUCAUGUAUGUAUGGUACACCGACUUGUUUAACCAUUUGUGGCUUGGUAAGUUUUAGUUCUUGUAGAGAUGUCUGGCUUAAGGGUAGAUGUUGCUUCUGUUGUUCAGCCAUGUAAGUACCAUCAAGAAACCAAAAAUAACUCUCUAAAGCUCCCAAUUGGAAACUAUCUGUUCUGAUAGGAUCCCGAAAGAUUGGUAUGUUAGAAUGUAAAUAGACUUAUCUCACUUUCUUCCCUAUCUUUUUUUCUUCAUCUCAA